AUGACGUCGAUAGGAACAGGCUACGAUCUCGCCAACUCCAUCUUCUCCCCCGACGGCCGGAACUUCCAGGUCGAAUACGCCGUCAAGGCAGUCGAGAACGCCGGCACAUCAAUCGGAAUCCGUUGCAGAGAUGGCGUUGUCCUGGCGGUUGAGAAGGUCGUCGCAUCCAAGCUGCUGAAGCCCGGCGCAAACAAGCGGAUCGCGACCGUCGACAGGCAUCUUGGUGUUGUCUACUCUGGCAUGGUCCCCGACGGCAGACACUUCAUCGACCGCGCACGCGACGAGGCCCGCUCGUGGCGGGACAACUUCAAGGCCCCCAUCGCCACCUCCGACCUCGCGUCCCGCAUGGGCGGCUACCUGCAAGCCUACACCCUGUACCAGUCCGUGCGGCCCUUCGGCAUCACCGCCAUCGUCGGCGGCUACGACAGCGAGCUGGAGCUGCCCGUGGACGGCGAGGUGGGGUCGGGCCCCAAGGUCGGCGCGGGCGGCAAGGCCGAGGGCAAGAAGCACGGCGGGCCCUUCCUGUACAUGAUCGAGCCGUCCGGCCUGUACUGGGGCUACUACGGCGCCGCGACGGGCAAGGGCCGGCAGGCGGCCAAGGCGGAGCUGGAGAAGCUGGACCUGAGCGGCGAGGGCAUCUCGCUGCAGGACGGCGUCAAGCACGCCGCGAGGAUCAUCCACCUCGCCCACGAUGACAACAAGGACAAGGAGUACGAGCUGGAGAUGACCUGGAUCAGCAACCAUGACGGCCCCACCAAGGGCCGCCACGAGGAGGUCCCCAAGGCGCUGCGGGAGGAGGCGGAGCGGUUAGCGAAGGAGGACAACGACGAUGAUGAGGAUGACAAGAAGGACGGCGAUAAGAUGGAGGAGGACUAG